CUUCUUCAGUGUCCAACGUCUGCUAGCCGCACAGUCAUCCUUCUUCCUUCUUCUCUCUCAACUCGGCUUCGCCGUCUCUGACUGUUCUUCUCCGACGCGGCUUUUUUCUCUUCGAGAGGCAAGCAUUAUUGAAGGUAUCUUCCUCUCCGCCAAUCUCCAUCUCGCGCACGAGUCAGCCUCACGACAUCGGGUUGGGACGGUUUUGCGGCUACUAAAGGAUCAUGGUGGGAUUUAAAAACAGGUACAUGGUAAUGGAGGUCUUCAUUGAUCCAAAUAGAGAACUUGCUGUAGAAGACCCCAUCAUUCUUACCCAAUUCAAUGUCUCCAAAGCAAUCAAAGAUAGCAUUCUUGUGAACUUUGGGGAGUGUGGCAUGGCCUCAUCUUUAGGAUCAUUCCAAGUCAAGUAUGUGAAUCCCAUUACAAAACUGUGUAUCAUCAGAGCCUCAAGAGAGGAGCAUCAGAAAGUCUGGAGUGCUAUUACCUUGGUUACAAGUAUCGGAAAUUGCCCGGUGUUGUUUAACUUACUGGACCUUAGUGGAUGUAUUAGAGCAUGUAAAACCGCAGCGAUGAAGUGCGAAGAAAGUAAGUUUGAGCAGUACAGAAUCGUGGGGAGGGAGAAUCUCCCGGUGGAUGUUACUCAGCGGAUGCAAAAUUAUGUUGAAAAGAUAAAAUUAUUAGAGAACUGAAAUUGAAAGUCUGUCAAGCGGGAGAGCCUCUGGGCCCCACAACCUCUUGCUUUUGGUAUCAAUCAGAAGUUCCGUGAUUUCGAGA